CCAGGAUCUUGCAGAAUAUCGGAGAUAAAGGGUCUAGAACAGACGGGCUCCUAUUUUUACUCCUGCCUCUCUUUGUGUCCUUUUUCCCCACGGCAGUCUCUUCAUAAUUUUUUAUUUUAUUUUGUUGGUGCUACUUGUCAUGGGGAUUUCUCCGUUUUUUCUUGGGAGUGCGCUCUGUCCUGGACAGAAUGGAUUUUCCUCCAAAGCGCAGCUACAGGCCUUGACACUCUUCUUCAUUACUGAUGUAAUUUUGGGACAAAUUCGCUACUCAAUACCAGAAGAACUGAAAAAAGGAUCAUUUGUGGGAAAUGUGGCCGAAGAUUUGGGUUUAGACGCACGGAGGAUGAAAGCGGGUGGUGCUCGAAUUGUUAGUGGCGAGAGCAGCGAAUUCAUCGGACUGGAUUUAGACAAAGGAUUUCUGGUAGUCGAAGAGCGGAUAGACAGAGAACGGCUUUGUGGGCAGAUGUCACCCUGCAGUCUUAGUCUCGAAAUAAUCUCAACAAAUCCAAUGCAACUUCACAGUGUUGUUAUAGAAAUAUUGGAUAUAAAUGAUAAUUCUCCUACUUUUACAGAAAACGAGGUGCAGUUAGAAGUAUCUGAAUCGACUCAACCGGGUACACUUAUUUUACAUGAGAGCGCUGUAGACCAUGACAUGGGUAAGAAUUCGCUUCAGGGAUAUACUUUGCAUCCGACAGAUAAAUUUAACCUUAAAAUACAGACUGGCCCUGAUGGUAAAAAAUACAGUGAGUUGUAUUUACAUUCUCCUUUAGACAGAGAGGAAGAGGACAAAGUGCUGCUUACAUUAACUGCUGUCGACGGUGGUGAGCCACAAAGAUCUGGCACGCUUAAAAUACGCAUUUCAGUGUUAGAUGCUAAUGAUAAUGCACCUGUUUUUACGCAGAAAGAGUUUAAAGCUACUGUUGCAGAAAACUCACCGAAAGGUUCCACGGUAAUGAAGGUGACUGCCACAGACGCUGACGAGGACGCAUACGGUCGCAUAACUUACCAUUUCAAUCGUAUGUCCACUGAGGUUGCGGAUAUUUUUGCAAUUAAUGAGAACUCCGGUGAGAUAACUGUUGCAGGCCUGAUUGAUUAUGAAAAACACAAAUAUUUUGAAAUCGCUAUUCAGGCAAAAGAUUACGGUGGUUUAAUUGCUACCACGAAAAUUCUGAUUCAAGUACUUGAUGUAAAUGACAACGCCCCUAUAAUCUCACUGACCUCUUUUUCCAGUCCUAUUUCAGAGGAUUCACCUAGUGGUGUUACAGUAGCCAUCGUUAAUGUGAAAGAUCUUGAUUCCGGCAAUAACGGGAAGGUAAGAUGCUCUGUAAAUGAGAAGAUUCCUUUUACAAUUAAAUCGUCUUUUAAAAACUAUUAUACUUUAUUGACUGAUGGAACAUUAGACAGAGAGACCAUGCAUGAGUAUAACAUCACAUUCUCAGCAGUGGAUGAAGGAAUACCGCCUCUUUCCAGUAACAAAACAGUAACACUGAAAAUAUCUGAUGUGAAUGACAACCAGCCAAUAUUUGAGAACAAUUUUUAUUCCGCCUCUUUAAUGGAAAACAAUUCACCUGGCGUUUCUAUAUGUUCAGUUAAAGCAAAUGAUUUAGAUUGGAACCAAAAUGCCAGAAUUACUUAUAUGUUAAUUGAGGGGCAUUUCAAUGCCGAACCUCUAUCAUCGUAUAUUUCAGUAAAUGCCGAGAGUGGUGCUAUACAUGCUGUACGUUCCGUCGACUAUGAACAGACUAAGUCAAUAGAAUUUCUUGUAAAAGCUCAAGAUGGAGGAUCACCGUCGCUAAGUAGUAACGUGAGUGUGAAAAUUAAUAUACAGGAUCAAAAUGACAAUGCACCUCAGAUUCUGUAUCCAGUACAAACUGGUGGCUCUGUGGUGGCUGAAAUGGUGCCUCGUUCAGCAGAUGUGGGCUAUCUUGUCACGAAAGUGGUGGCUGUGGAUGUGGACUCUGGACAGAAUGCCUGGCUCUCAUAUAAACUGCAGAAAGCGACAGACAGGGCGCUGUUUGAAGUGGGCUUACAGAAUGGAGAAAUAAGAACUGUGCGCCAAGUCACCGAUAAAGAUGCUGUGAAACAGAAGCUCACUGUUGUAGUGGAGGACAACGGACAGCCCUCUCGUUCAGCUAUAGUCAAUGUUAACGUGGCGGUGGCGGACACUUUCCCUGAAGUCCUCUCCGAGUUCACGGACUUUACGCACGACAAGGAAUACAACGACAACCUGACAUUUUAUCUAGUCCUGGCCUUGGCUGUAGUUUCUUUUCUCUUCAUCGUGUCCAUCAUAACUAUACUGUCAGUGAAAUGCUACAGAUGGAGACGUGAGCGGAUGUUUUAUAAGUCCGGUGCCAACCUGCCAGUUAUUCCGUAUUAUCCACCCCUUUACGCAGACGUCGGGGGAACAGGAACUUUACAGCAUAUGUACAAUUAUGAAGCUUACAGAACCACUGACUCUAGAAAGAGUGAUCUGAAAUACGCCAGACCUCCUACUGAGAGCAUUAUUAGCCUGGAUACCGCUGGAACACAAACACUGACCCAUGCGAAGAGGGACAAUCUGACUAAUGAUCCUGACCAUCAGGUGAGAUUUUUUUCUAAUGAGUUAUAUCAAUUUUGAAAUGGGCGAGCCUUCCUU